ACAAAGCCUAUUGUCAUGGAGUUUUUGGGGACUAUUUGACAUUAUCUCGGGAAAUAGUGAAGAAGCGCAGCAGCCGCAAGCAGCAGCAGCAGCAGCAGCAGCAGCAGCAGGAGCAGCAGGAGGGGGAGGAGGGCGAGUGGGGCACGGGCAGCAGCAGCUGGUACGUGGAGGGCCACGGGGGCCUCCUCGUUGGGAAAAGAGAAAUAAAACUUUCCGAAGUUAAAUCUCUUCUAAAUCACUUCAAAUUAGACUUUUCAAAUCCUGCUGUUUUCCUUCCUCAAGAACUCGCCAAAGCCUUUCUCUUCAGAGCCACCGAACACUCCCUUUACCAGUUCUACCUCUGCGCCAGCGGGCUGGGCAGUGCCCUCAGCAGCCUGCGGGAAGCAGCACAAAGACACGAGUCUGCUUUGAAAGAAUUGAAGGCUUUUGAAGACGGGCUGCUUCCAGCCAAGGCGGCCAACGCGAGGCUGCAGCAGCAGCAGCAGCAGUGCAAGCAGCUAAAGAGCCUCAAGUCGGAGGUUGCUGCGCUGAGCGAGUCGAUUCCACACCUCAGAGCAGCAGAAGCAGCAGCAGCAGCAGACGCUGCUGCUGCUGAGGUGGCUGAAAUGGAGCAGGCGCUGCAGCAGCAGCAAGGGGAAGCUAGUCGACUCGCAGCUGCUGCUGCAGCAAAGCAGCGGGAGGAGAAAGUUCGGAGUUGCGAGUCCGCGCUGGACCACCAGCAACGAGAAGUGCGGCGGCUGCAGCA